AUGACGAUGGUCUCGUCGAAUCGACGCUUUGAGAAGAAGACUCCUUUUCGUAUGACGAUACUGAUGAUGAUGAUCAUAAUCGUCGCUCUUUUUUCGACAUGUUCUGCAGUUUCCGCGCAAGAACAACAAGAGGGAGGAUUGAGUAGAAAAUUUAGCAUCCACAACACGGACAAAGACUCGAAGGAAGAUUUCAAAGACUCGGACGGGGACGGCGUCGGCGACUUCAAAGACGCCUUCGUCUCCUCUUUAGCGAUGAUAUUAGUGGCGGAAUUAGGGGACGAGACGUUCAUUAUCGCCGCAAUCAUGGCCAUGCGUCAUCCACGUUUGAUAGUUUUGUCUGGGGCGUUGAGCGCGUUGGCAAUCAUGACGGUGUUAUCGACCGCGAUGGGGGUUCUGGCACCGAUGUUAAUCAGUCCGAAAGUUGUGAACAAAUGCGCGUUUGUGUUGUACACGUUUUUCGGGUGCCGAUUGUUUUACAUCGCGUGGCGGUCAAAGCCGGGGAGUUCAAUGCAAGAUGAAGUGGACGAAGUGGCGGAGAAAAUCGACGUGGAGAAAGCGCCGAAAGGUAAGAUAAGGCGGAUUUUGAGUCGAGUGUGUACGCCCAUCUUCUUGGAGGCGUUCGUGUUGACGUUUUUAGCCGAGUGGGGGGAUCGGUCGCAGAUUACCACCAUCGCGUUGGCCGCGCAUAAAGACCCGUACGGAGUUACCAUCGGAGCGAUAAUCGGGCACGCGUUUUGUACGAGUUUAGCGGUGAUUGGGGGGAAGAUUUUGGCGUUGAAAAUUAGUCAGAGGUUGGUCGCGGCGGUUGGCGGGAUGUUGUUCAUCGUGUUUGCUUGGCACGCGUUGAUAUUCGGAGCGCCAGGAACGGAGUUGAGUAAGAACGAUUGA